AUGGAGAUCAACUCAACAACUUUGGUUAAUCUUAACCUCUCAUCAAACUCAAUCUCCGGUUCCUUGAUGCCAUCAUUAAGAAAUUGUCUAUUUGUUGAUCUUAGCAGAAAUCUUCUAUCUGAUGACAUGUUUGUUGUGAAAAAUUGCGACCACAAUCUGGAAGCUUUAGACUUGAGCUCCAGUGGAUUGAGGGGAAGCCUUCCUACUAUUCCCCCUAUGGAGUCUCUAGACCUUUCAAAUAAUGCCUUAACUGGCGAACUAUCAUCGAAUAUUGGUAACUGGGGGAGGCUUAAGUUGCUUAAUCUUUCAAAUAAUAAUUUGUCUGGACAGAUCUGA